AUGAGGGCUAAACCAUACGGCAUGAUCACAGUUCAAGAGAGACAGCCCGCGCCACGCCCCCAAGCCAGGUGGUAUGCUGGCUACGGCGCCGCUUCUUGGCAAGCCUCGAACACGCAGUCCUCGUCGUCCUCCUCCAGCGGCGCCCUUUUCACUCCUCCGGCCCCCAAGGUCUCGCCCUACCCGCUGCCCCAUGGCGAUUCCAUCGGGCUCAAGGGCGGCGUGAGGGUCGAAGCCUCGGAAAGAUCGGAGGUGAGCGAGAAGGACCUCGCAGGGAAGGGAGACGCCGGCGUGGCGAGGGCGGUGCCGGAGACCCCGCGAGUGAAGGGCGGACCGCUCGAGUGCCCUUGGUGCCAGAAGGUGCUGUCGAAGCCCUCCAACCUGAAGGUGCACAUCAGGCGCCACACCGGGGAGAAGCCCUACCACUGCCUCUUCUGCCCCUACAGCGCGGCGCAGAAGGUCCAGGCCCUCUGGGAAGUGCUCGUCCCCAGCGGCGUGUCUGUGCCCCACCAUCACCACCACCAGCAGGCCUACUCGAAGCACCAGCUGAUACGGAAGUACAAGUGCCCCUACUGCGGCAUCGCCAUGAACCACCGCAACAACAUGAGGAAGCACAUCCGGAUCCAUACCGGGGAAAAGCCCUAUUUCUGCAAGCUGUGCGACUACCGCGCUCCGAGGAAGGACAUGGUCGAGAAGCACGUGUUCAUCAAGCACCCCGGUCAGGAACCCAGCGUGGUGGCUUGCGAGACGCAGUUCUUGGUAUAUAAUAGCCGCGUGGACGUGAACUUAAUUGUGCUUUCAUUUGUGAUGCUCAUACGUAGCCCCUUCUUCCACGGGAUCCUUCUUAGGUAUCAUUCUUCAUUUUUGCUUGGCACUGACUGGCUGUGCCCGUGCAUCGUCCACAUCCGGCUGGUAUGA